AUGUGUUCAUCUAAGUACAGCUUUGAUCAUCCAUCUAAAGUCAUCAUCACUUGGCAAGUUCUGUCUACUGCUUCGGGUUUUGAUAACCAGACUUAUGCUCGCGGGUUAAGGUUUGUGUUGAAAUCGCAUCGUCAGAAUAUGGAUCACAAAGAGAUGACUGAUUAUCGUUAUCCAUGCAAGCUACUUAUGGAUUCUGCUAUCGACGAAUGGAACUUGCGGACAUAUAAUCCUAUUAUCGAAGUUUCUGAUCGUGUUAAUACGAGCGAUCAUGCUCAGAAGACCUUUCUAUGGGAUUUUGCGAGGAGUGCUUGGGUUAUGAAUAAAGAAUCUAAUGAAAAUAGUGACUUUGAUGAUACCAAGAUGUUAUCUGGUCGUGGUACUGAUGAUGAUUAUGAUUUUGAGGAUUAUAUGGGGUCUGAUUCAGAGACGCGCGAUGAUACUGAUGAUAUGGACCAAACAGAUGAAUAUGAUUCUGAAGAUGAUUUUAUUGAUGACGAUGAGUCUUGUGAAGGAUAUGAUGGUUCAAGUGAUAACUCAGAAGAUGAUGAUGAAGAUGUUAUGUUGGAUGAUGAGACUGAGAUUGACGAUGAUAGUGAAGAUCAGCGAAACGUCGAACUGAGUGAUAUACUCAUCGAAAAGAAUAUUAGUAUAUCUGGACACCAGAAUUCGGUGUGUACUUGA